AUGCCGCUCCUGGUAGUCCGAGUCGCGCUGGCCAAUCAGAAUCGCGCUAUUUCCAAGGAUCCGCAUCGCCGUUGGUCUGCCUUCUCGCGCUGCCUCCAGACCCAAGCCAGCAUUCCACCUUGUCUGCGAACUGUUGGGUUUGAUAGCCCGGCUGUCAUCAACCGAGACCGCGUCCGCAGCGUUGCAAGCCUGACACUGGUCGCAAACGGCAUGGCGCACACUGGGCUCGCGAUCCUUCGAUCCAGCUGCAAUAGUUGCAAACACAUUGCACUUACGCUUCUAGAUCGAGCUUCGGGCCGACUCGACGUGCACGUUCAGUGUCUUGCUGCUCCGCUUGUCAUCGGUUAUACGGCCGACCGCGUGUGGCGACAUAUUGUGUUGCCUUUUGCUCGCUGUCCUCGACGUCGCAAUGAAUGCCUUUUGGCGCCGAGCUCGGAGCGGAGAGGACUCGCUACCUCGGCGCACCUUCCAGAGCUGCUGUCACCGCUGUUGCUGGAGCAGCGAUCUUGUCGUCAGGGUCCUUUGAACCGGCCAGCUGCUGAAAAAGAGAAGCCGCCGAUCCGUCAAUUCUGGGUGUCGUCGUUUUUUCGCCUCUGCUUUUCUUCUAGAUGA